AGUUCUUCCGGCUCGAGUCAGUGCUCCACCCGCCAUUUCCGUGCAAGAUGGAGGCUUUGGGUGAGGUCCGUGCGCCUGUGAGUGCGGUCAGUGAAGAGAUGAAGCGACUUGAGAAGAACGACCCCCUGCUGAAGAGCAACCCACGACGCUGGGUGCUGCUUCCCAUUCAGUACUCUGCAGUCUUCGAGAUGUACAAGAAGCAUGAGGCGUCCUUCUGGACUGCGGAGGAAAUUGACCUGGCAAGCGACGCCAAGGAUUGGGAGAACCUUACGGAGAAGGAGCAGCAUUUUGUGAAGCACGUGCUUGCCUUCUUCGCGGCAAGUGACGGAAUCGUCCUGGAGAAUUUAUCCACCAACUUCGCCUCGGAGGUGCAAAUCCCCGAGGCGCGGGCCUUCUAUGGAUUUCAGAUGGCCAUGGAGAACAUCCACUCCGAGACCUACUCGCUACUGAUCGAGCAGUACAUCAAGGAUCCUGUCGAAAAGGACAAGGUCUUCAACGCCAUUGCCACGAUGCCUGCAGUGCAGGAGAAGGCAAAGUGGGCGGUGCAGUGGAUGAACACCGCCUGCAGCUUUGCGGAGCGCAUCGUUGCUUUCGCGGCCGUCGAAGGUGUGCUUUUCAGCGGAUCCUUUUGCGCAAUCUACUGGCUGAAGAAGCGGGGUCUCAUGCCCGGCCUUUGCUUCUCCAAUGAGCUCAUCUCGCGAGAUGAGGGCCUUCACGCAGACUUUGCGUGUCUAUUGUACAGCAUGCUGGAGAACAAGUUGCCGGAGGACGGGUAGUUCACGACAUCAUCAAAGGGGCCGUGGAGACAGAGCGCAAGUUCAUUUGCGAAGCUUUGCCCUGCGACUUGAUCGGAAUGAACGCGGAUCUCAUGGCCCAAUACAUUGAGUUUGUGGCCGACCGACUUCUUUGCGCGCUUGGGCAUUCGAAAGUCUUCAACGCAACCAACCCCUUUGACUGGAUGGAGCUCAUCUCCCUGCAGGGCAAGACUAACUUCUUCGAGAAGAGGGUGGGAGAGUACCAAAAGGCAGGUGUCAUGGGCGGUUCUUCCGAAGAGGACCGCUUUGCUUUGGACGCGGACUUUUAAUGACUCGCUGGUUGAGCUAGAAUUCGGCACACACAGCGUUGCGCAGCCGGCGCUGUAUUUUUUUGGGCCCGGGGUUCAUUGCUCAAAGGCAAUGGGACUUUGCAAUAGCUUUCGUGCGCAGUUCACGAACUCUGCAAUGUCAUGGAUUGUAUAUUUGCCGCUGGUGGGACGGGUCUCCUGUCACCGGUAUUGGAUUUGUGUAGAACCAUUUCCGCCAAUGAUAGCAUUUCAGCACGUGAAUGUGCUCUUUGUGCUGCAAAAAACACAGCUUCAACUUCCUUUGCCAUGG